AUGUCGCAGAGGGGAGCUGACUUCUCCAUGAUGCCCGUGGUGCUGACCGUGACGCUUGAGGUGCUCCUGUUCCUGAGAGGAUCGGGAGCGCAGUCAGUGACCCAGCUGGACGCCCACGUCGUUGUCUCUGAAGGAGGCUCUUUGGAGCUGAGGUGCAACUAUUCAUAUCGUAGCUCUCCUUAUCUCUACUGGUACGUCCAGUACCCCAGUCAAGGUCUCCAGCUCAUCCUCAAGGACUAUUCAGGGAACGCCGUGGUUAAAAGCAGUAAGGGCUUUGAGGCUAAACUUGAUAAGGUAAAAACCUCUUUCCACCUGAAGAAACUCUAUGCCAACUGGAGCGACACAGCUCAGUACUUCUGUGCAAACCCUGGCUUUCUGAACAAAGUUAACUGUCCUAACCCAUCUCUGCUUAUGGGAGGCUGCCUGGAAAUGUCUGGAGCAGUGAGGCGGAGCAUGAGGAAGAGGCUGCUGAGCGCUGUGUUGGGGCUGCUGUGUGCCCAGGUUUGCUGUGUGAGAGGGGACGUGGUGCAACAGAGUCCUCGAGACUUGAUUCUCCAGGAGGGGGCCAACACCAUACUGAUGUGCAACUCUUCCAAUGUGUACAAUGUGCAGUGGUUCCGCCAAAACCCCGGAGGUGAUCUGGUCACCUUGUUUUAUAUGACUUCGGGGACACAAGAUAAAGGAAGAUUAAAGGCUAAGGCACCCACCAGUGAAAAAAAGAGCUCACUGCAAAUUUUCUCUGCCGAGACCUCAGACUCAGCCAUUUACUUCUGUGCAAUGAGCCAUAGUGCUUCCCAGGCACCUGCAGCCUGA